GGCCCGGCCCUGCCCUGCCCUGCCCGCGCGGGCGGCGCGAUGUGAGGCCCGCAGCUCCGCGCAGCACGCGCUAAGCACUCUGAGUGCCCAUUGAAGAAGAGGACCCUCCUCCGCUCGCCUGGCGCCCAGCACAACCCCGGCUCCGCGCACACAGCAGCCCUCCGGCAGGGGGGGCUCGGGACAAGAUGGCGGCCAAGCAGCCCCCACCGCUGAUGAAGAAGCACAGCCAGACGGACCUGGUGAGCCGCCUGAAGACGCGCAAGGUCCUGGGCGUGGGCGGGGAGGACGACGACGGGGAGGUGCACCGCUCCAAGAUCAGCCAGGUCCUAGGCAAUGAAAUCAAGUUUGCUGUUCGCGAGCCUUUGGGGCUGAGGGUCUGGCAGUUCCUCUCCGCCGUGCUCUUCUCCGGCAUCGCCGUCAUGGCCCUCGCCUUCCCCGACCAGCUCUACGAUGCGGUGUUUGAUGGAGCCGAGGUGACCAGCAAGACCCCCAUCCGCCUCUACGGGGGCGCCCUACUCAGCAUCUCCCUGAUCAUGUGGAAUGCCCUCUACACGGCCGAGAAGGUCAUCAUUCGCUGGACUCUGCUCACCGAAGCCUGCUACUUUGGGGUCCAGUUCCUGGUGGUCACUGCCACCCUGGCCGAGACGGGCCUCACGUCCCUGGGGAUCCUGCUGCUCCUGGCCAGCCGCCUCGUCUUUGUCGCCAUCAGUGUGUACUACUACUACCAAGUCGGCCGAAAACCCAAGAAAGUCUAGCCAGCCUUGGAGCCGGGGCCUGCCCACGCCUUGGGCCGCCAGCUUCCCUGUGCUUUCUGGAAGGCGGGAGAGGCCCCUCCCUCUCCCCACGCUGCUGUGGGGAGCCACGGGCCUCUGCACCCGUCUCACCCCAUGUGGGGACACCUCUGCGGUGGGACUCCCAGGGUCAGCAGGCGGAGUGGAGACCAGGAAGGCCUGGAUGAGAGAGAGAGAGAGAGAAAGAGAGAGGCUGUGGACCACGCCCUGCUCUCUCUCCAACACCCCGGCCAUCCUAGAGCCCAAGCAGCUGAACCGGGCUCGUUCGCUCUCUCUCUUUCUCUCUCUGCCUGGGAACCUGGAGACCUUGGCCUUGUGCCCUGACCCCUCCACCAGGAUUCUCCCCACAUGUGGGGGCCCCUCUGCACCUGAACACACGCAUGUACGGGACACGCGCACGCACAAGCCACGUGCACAACGUGCCACUUCCCACUGGCUGACCGGGGCUGCCCGGCAAGGAGCACAGGUGGAGUGGGCACUGACUUUUCACAUAGCUGGAAGCCCCGCCCCCCUGCCCGGGGCCUUGCUGCCCGGUGCCUGCCCCAGCCCAGGUCCCUGGGAACUCUACUUCCGGCCUGGGCUCAGCCCACCCGCAGCCGGGACAGAUGGACACACAGCCCCAGAUGGAGGCCUGUGGGAGUGACAGGGUUUGCAGUCCAAGGAGGAGAAAGGCAAAGCCAUGGCCUUGGCUUACCCCCUGGCGCAUCCUGUCCUGGCCUCCUGUCCUGGGCUUAGCCCCUCCCCCGGGUGCCACCCCAAGGCUAAGCCCAGGACUACUGCAGGAGAAAUCCGUAGAAGGCCUUCCACCUGCUCUGCUCCCCUCCGGGGAAGGCGGGCGGGGGGCUCCCUUGCAGGCGUAGGCCCCCAGCCCUGCCCACCCCGCAGGCCCACCUGCACACGCUGUGAGCCCCCAGAAAUCCUCGCUCCUCCCCUCCAGCACCCCAGGAGCAGCAGCCCCUGGGUCCUGGGGACAGGCAUGGAGUGAGGCAGCCCUGGGCACCAGGUGAGGGGUCCAGGGGCAGGCAGCUCUGCCUGGGGACUGGCUGGCCCACCCUGUUCCCCAAGGGCAGAGCCCACACCUGGGCCUGCGCCUCUUGCCUCCUAGGUCUGUGCCUCUCGUGAGGGUCCUGCUGCCGAGCCCUGGCGGGCCAAGGGGCUCACUGCCGCUCCCCUAAGGCCACGUUGCUAGUGCCUGGGGCGCAUUGUUCGUUCUCCCUUGGGGCAUGGCGGGCAGGUGGCCAGGGAAGCAGAAGGCCACGAAACUGGGCACCAGGCUCGGUGGUGGGCGUCUGUGGGCCGAGACCACCGAGCUGCUGUCCUUCUCUGUGCGAUGGACGGGCUGGCCAGGCCCGCACCCAGCAGUGCUCUUGGCCUUGGGGCUCAGGGAAGCAUUGUAUGAGGUUUAGCAGGGGACCCUGAAGGCAAGGGGCUAUGGUGAGGGGGAGGGGCAAGGGGACCCUCCAGUGCAGGGGGGAGGCCUGGUGCGGCCCUGCCCUGCACGGACUGGGGAUGACCUGUGCCCUCCCUCCCUCCCCUCUGCCUUCCGGCUUCUGCCCCCCUCCCAGCCAGCCCCGCCCCCUGGAAACAAGACCACCUUUCUUCACGGUCACUAUUUAUUCUUCGUUCCUUUUUCUUUUUGUAAGAAACAGUCACAAAAACCAGUGCAAAACCA